GCAACCAAUAAAUCCAUAAUCUAUAAUCAUCUGAUCUAACACAUCACCCACCUUGAGCUACUGAGUUUCUUACAUAGAUAUCUCUCUUCUGUGGAUUUUCAAAAGAUCACAUUAUUAGUAAACCUAGAAGCUCAUCUUUCUAUAAUGGGUAAUAGCUUGGGAAGCAAGAAAACUGCCAAAAUCAUGAAGAUCGAUGGAGAGAGUUUCAAGCUGAAAACUCCUGUGAAAGCUGGUACGGUUGUUAAGGAUUUUCCAGGCCAUGUUCUCUUGGAAUCUGAAUCAGUGAAGCAUUUAGGAAUCAGAGCAAAGCCUUUGGAUCCUAACCAGAACUUGGAAUCCAAAAGGCUUUAUUUCAUGGUGGAACUUCCUAGAACAUGGAAGGAGAGAGCCCCGAGGAGGGUUCGGUCGGGAAUACAGAUGAGUGCUAAGGAGAGGCUAGAGAAUCUGAAGCUCUCUCGUAGAUCAUCUUCUGAUCUCUCGGUAAUGAAGAAGAAUGAUGAAGAAGAAGAGAGAGAAGUGAUGAGUAGCGUGAAGCUGAAGUUACCAAAGUGGAAAGUGGAGAAACUGAGGAAAGAGAGUGAGAGUGGUUCAGAUUUCUCCGACAAGAUCACAGCUCUUUGUCUCCUCAACAUUCAGAGACAACGUUUGCUUCAUAAUGGAGGGAGAAGCUUUGGGAUUGGAGAUGAAGAAGGUGGUGGUGUCAAAGCACAAGAGGUGAUCAAUUCUUUUUAGGGUUUUGUUUCUUUCUUUCUUGUAAGAAAAAGAACACCGAUCCGUUUCUCAAGCCAUGUUUCUUGCAUCCUCUAAUUACGGAAGUUGCCACUAGGAAACGGAUGUGCUCCAACUUGUGUGUAACAAACUUCUAGUGUUUUCUUAAUAUAAAACGAUGUAUCCUCUCUAUCCAGCUAAGUAAGAAUAUAUAAC